AUGUCCACCACUACCAAAUCCUCCUCGACAAGAGUUCAAGAUCGUUCUUCAAAAGUACCUAAUAAAAAUGAUAGAGUUGGUAUAACACGUAUCAGAUUCCAAUCAGCAUUAAAAAGCCCAGAUACUACAAAGAGAGAUCAGAAAAUUGUUGUCUUGCAAGGACAAAUUAAAAAAAUUGAUAUUGAGUUGGAAAAGAUUAAAAGUGAAUUAAAUGAUGUUUCCAAAGGUACUAAUCAAUCACAAACUAUGAAGUCUUUACAAGAUCGAAGAAAGGCGAUUGUUAAAGAACAAAAUGAUUUGAAAUCUAAUAGACUUCAGAUUGAUAAACAGAUGGAAUUGGUCAAUCAAAGUAUUAAGAAAAAAAAUAAUGAAAUUAAUACUAAGUUAGAGUCCAACAAUAAACUGAAAUCUAAGGGGAAAAUGAAAACUGUUGAAGAUAUUGAAUUGAGGAUUAAUGAAUCGGAGAAAAAAAUUGGAUCAGGGAAUUUAACUCUUUUAGAUGAAAAAUUAGAAAUUAAACAUUUACAACAAUUAAAUAAAUUGAAAAAAGAUUUAAUUGCCCUAAAACCAAUCCAAAAAUCAAUUGAAACUGAUUCGAAGAAAUUGAUUGAACUGAAGAAAAAUUUAUCCCAUCAAAUAAAAUUAUCAAAGGAUUUAUCAACUGAAUUUAAGGAAAUUAAUGAAAAUUUAAAUGAGAUUUCUCAAAAUAUUAAAUUACAAAAUGACAAAAGAGUAAUUUAUGUAGCCAAAAGAUCGUUACUAUUUAAUAAGAAGGAUUCCAUUAGAAAGCAAAUAUCUUUAAUUCGUAAAGAUUUUAAUAAUGAAUUUAAAUCUUAUAAACAAAAAUUACAACAAGAAAAAUUGAACUUUGAAGAAGAUAAUAAGAUGAGAAGAUUAAUUGAGGCAAAGGAUAUAGCAAUGGAAAAAUUGAAUGCGAGAUUAAAUGAGGCUAAGAAAUUAGCCUUUUCAGAUGAAAUAUAUUCCAUUGAAAACAUUUUGUUAGCAUUAGACCCAACAUUUGAAAAACCAAAAAGACACUUGUUCAAUGAUCAAUCGAAAUUCUCAGAGAUUAAUCAUUUCCAAGGUAAUAACAGUAUAAAUUCUAAAGAUUUAGAAUUAUUAGAAAAUAGUAGACAAAAUGAUAUUAGUUGGUCAAAUACACCACCAACAAGAUCAAAGAAAGUUUUGAAAAGGUUCAAUAAAACUAUUGCAGAAGAUGAAAAUUUUAAUAAGACUACAAAUAAUAAUAAUAAUAAUAGUAGUAGUAGCAGUAAAUUUUUAUUAGAACCCUCACUAAUAGCCUUAUUAGCAGAAUUAGAUAUAGUUGUACCAUUAAACUCAGAACAAGUUAACAAAACGAUUGAAGAAUUAAAAUCAAAACGUCAGUUUUAUUUAUCAAGACAAGAUGAGCAAACUGAAAAAAAUAUUAAAUAUGUUACUGAUCAAAUUGAAAAAGUAAUGAAUGAAUAUUAUAAGAAUGAAAAAAUUAUCAAAGAAAGAUUAGCAUUGAAGAGAAAAUCUGAAAGUAAGUCAAAUACAAUAAAGGAAAAAAUGAAAGAUUCAGGUGAUGCGAAGGUGCAGGAUUUAAAUCCAUUACAAACUAAUGAUAUCAGGCAAGAAGUUUCAUCCAAAAAAGGUAAGAAAGCAUCAAAGAAUUCAAUAACUUCUAAAAAUAAUGAAGCGUCAAAACAAAUACUGGGAGUAUCAACACCGAGUGAAGUUGAAAUAGUUAUAGAAAAUGAUGACUUCAAAAUUAAUGAAUCAAAUGAAGUUGAAAAAACAGAAAAUCAAUCAGCAAGCAAUAAUGUAAAAAUUUCCAAUACAGAAGUCCAACAAAUUGAUGAUAAAAAUUUGGAAUAUCCACAAAAUAUAAUUGAAUUAAAGCAAAAUGAAUCAGAUACUAUUACCAACUCAGAUGAAAGUGAAGAAAAAGAAUUUGAAUUGAAAAUUACUAAAGAAUAUACGGAAGACAAUUUAGAAAAAGAAAAAUUAACAGAAAUCGAAUCUGAGGAAGCUCAAGAAGUAAAAGAGAGUAAAAAUAUAAUUGAAGACAAAGAAAUUAAAGAACAAUCUGAAUUAGAUAGUACCAAUUUAGAUGCCUGUGAAGAAACCAAGGAAGUUCAAGAAUUAAAAGAAUCUGAAUCAAACGAAUCGGUUCCUAAAGAAAUUGAAACAUCUGAAGUCAAUGAGAAACAAAAUCAAACUGAGUUGAUAAAUUUAGAAGAAGUUAGUGGAGAAAUUGAACGAAAAUCUGUUGAAACUGUUGAAGACUAUCAAAAAACUAAGUCCAAAAAGGUUGAUGAACAAAAAGAUACUCAGGUGACUUCUCUCAAUCUUGAGUCUGAAGAAAUAAAAGAAUCAGGAUCAAGCACAAUCGAAAAAACAGAUAAUACUGUAACCAAAGAUGAGCUUGCUUUGCAGAACUCUUCCACUUAUGAAGAUGAGGAAAUUAUUGAAGAAUUCGUAAUUGAUGAAGAAAAUAACUCAAAAAUUCUUAAUAGAAAAGGAGUUUCACAGUUACCUAUUGAAGCUUGA